AUGAUGUCUUAUCUUAAGCAACCGCCUUACGCAGUCAAUGGGCUGAGUCUGACCACUUCGGGCAUGGACUUGCUGCACCCCUCGGUGGGCUACCCGGGGCCCUGGGCUUCUUGUCCCGCAGCCACCCCUCGGAAACAGCGGCGGGAGAGGACGACGUUCACCCGGGCGCAGCUAGACGUGCUGGAAGCGUUAUUUGCGAAGACCCGAUACCCAGAUAUCUUCAUGCGGGAGGAGGUGGCGCUGAAAAUCAACUUGCCCGAGUCCAGGGUGCAGGUGUGGUUUAAGAAUCGAAGAGCUAAGUGCCGCCAACAGCAGCAGCAGCAGCAGAAUGGAGGUCAAAACAAAGUGAGACCUGCCAAAAAGAAGACGUCUCCUGCUCGGGAAGUGAGUUCAGAGAGUGGAACAAGUGGCCAAUUCACUCCCCCCUCUAGCACCUCAGUCCCAGCCAUUUCCAGCAGCAGUGCUCCUGUGUCUAUCUGGAGCCCAGCUUCCAUCUCCCCACUGUCAGAUCCCUUGUCCACCUCCUCUUCCUGCAUGCAGAGGUCCUAUCCCAUGACCUAUACUCAGGCUUCAGGUUAUAGUCAAGGAUAUGCUGGCUCAACUUCCUACUUUGGGGGCAUGGACUGUGGAUCUUAUUUGACCCCUAUGCAUCACCAGCUUCCUGGACCAGGGACCACACUCAGUCCCAUGGGUACCAAUGCAGUCACCAGCCAUCUCAAUCAGUCCCCAGCUUCUCUUUCCACCCAGGGAUAUGGAGCUUCAAGCUUGGGUUUUAACUCAACCACUGAUUGCUUGGAUUAUAAGGACCAAACUGCCUCCUGGAAGCUUAACUUCAAUGCUGACUGCUUGGAUUAUAAAGAUCAGACAUCUUCGUGGAAAUUCCAGGUUUUGUGA